AUGGCAUAUAAUUCUCAAUAUGGCGGAGGGCCGGGGCCUCAGCGACCUCCGCCCCAGCGACAAUACCCGCCCAACCCUGCAGGACCCCAGGGGUACAAUGCGCCGCCGCCCCAGCAGCAGCAGCAGCAGCAGUAUGACCAGUACCAGGAUGGCUAUGGCUAUGGCUACGACGACUACAGCAAUGGCCAUGAUCAAGGCUAUGGCGGGCAGUACAACGAUGGCGGUUACGGGAGAGGAAGGCCUCCAAACAGGGAUUAUCCGCCGCAAGACUACUACGAUUCUGGCCCGAACGGACCUGGAAGGGGGGGCCGACCGAUGCCCGGGGAACGAGGAGCCCCAAUGAGGCCUCCGCCUGGUGAUGGUGCCCGAGGAGGUCCUUACCCACCCCGCGGGGGCGGAUAUACGUCAGGGCCCGGUGGUCCUGGAGGUCGUGGCUUUCCACCGCCUGGCCGCGGCGGCCGGCCAGCCCCUCCAGAUCCUGCUGGGAACCGAGGCCCUCCCAUGCGCGGACCUAAUUUAGGGAGCGCUAUUGAUCAAGGCUUCAAUGGUGGUUCUUUCCCUGCAUUUCCCGGCUCACAGCGCAAAACGGAUCUAGAGCAAGAACAGCAGAUCGUAGCCCAAAUGGGUGGAAUGGACAUAUCAGGACAACGAUCCGCAUCAAGGGGUCCGAACGGCCCACCAUCGCAACGGGGCCCGAUGCGCCCUCAGAAUGGAUUUGCUGGACCCGGACCAAUGGGUCCCCAUCGCGGGCCACCGCAGCCUUACCACCCACCAGAUUUUCCAGACCAGCGACGCGGCGCGCCUCCGGGGCCUGGGUACGGUCCACCGGGAGGUGGUUAUUCGAACGAGAAUUUUGGCCCACCCGGGCGAAGCAGAACGAUGCCCGUAGACCACAUGGAGAGGCAUCAAGGCGGUCCCCUUCCGGCACGCGACGGCCCCCCUUACAAUGGUCCCAUAAGUCGCGGUAUGCCGCCGAGACCGAGUACCGCACAAGGCAUGCGGGCCCAGACGCCGAGGAUAUAUCCUCCGAAUAACAACGGGCCCCCGCCUCAGGAACAGCCGUAUAGGCAUGGGCCCGACUCGGGUUAUGGAGGCCAGGACAGGCCUGAGUCCAUCGAUAACUUCUACGACUACUACGACACAGGCAAUGCCGAGUAUCCGGUGCAAAACCCCCCAUCAGCUGCAUCCGAGCUUCCGGAUUUUGAUUCAAUGACGUCUCAGAGACCCAGGCAAUCAUUUGACCAGCACAUGCAACCAAGCCUUCAGGAGCAGGCUCAGCGAGGACCAGGGAGGCAACCCGAGUUGAGCAGGGCAAAGUCGCAGCCCGACUUGCGCAAUUCCCAAACGGCGGUCUUCGAGAUGGCAGGCGACAUUCCCCCGCUGCCCACAUACCGAGAUGGGCCUCAACAGUUCGGCCAGCAGCAGGGUCCCCCCGAGGGGUCGCAGGCAUCUCAACGGUCGACUCCGCCAGGGCAAUUUGGUCAAUCUGCGAUGCAAGGUUUGCCGGCGAACCCGGUCCCGUACAGACCUCCAGGGCAGUCUAACACUCCGCCGGCGGGGUCGAAUCCGGAUAGCUUACCAUCUCACCCUACACCCGUUCGCCCCGGGCACAUGCCCGGGUCCAUAGUCAAUCUGAACGACCGCCCACCGCCCGUAAGGAACUAUAGCGGCGGCACGAGCUACAGCGGUAACACGGUUGCACCCACGCCUAACCCCGGGGCUCCUCCACCGGGGCCUGCGGCCCCGCAAUAUGGAGCGAAUCCACCGCCUGCCAAACAAGUAGAGGCCCCUGUCACCAUUGAAGAGUUGGAGCACCUCCGUGCCGUAGUUAAGCAGGACGCCAGCGACCAGGCGACGGCUCUUCGUCUAGCCAAGCGACUUGUGGAAGCGUCGGACGCGCUCGUGCCGAAUCUCCCCGAUCCCAAGGCCCGCGCACGAUCCCGCGAGCGAUACCUUGUUGAUGCGCACAAGAUCCUCCGCAAACUCGAGAAAGCAAACAACCCCGAGGCCAUGUUCUUCCUCGCCGACUGUCUCGGACGAGGCCUCUUUGGCGCCGAGCCCAAUCAUACGCACGCCUUCACCCUCUACCAGUCGGCAGCCAAGCUGGGACACGCGGCAGCUGCCUAUCGCACCGCCGUGUGCUGCGAGAUUGGCAACGACGAAGGUGGCGGCACACGAAAGGACCCGCUCAAGGCCAUGCAAUGGUAUAAGCGCGCCGCUACCCUGGGCGACACUCCUGCCAUGUACAAGGUUGGCAUGAUACUUCUCAAGGGCCUGCUUGGCCAGCCGCGCAACCCACGCGAAGCCAUCAGCUGGCUGAAGCGAGCCGCCGAGCGCGCCGACGCCGAGAACCCGCACGCCCUGCACGAAUUGGCCCUGCUGUAUGAGAGCGCAGAGCCGAACGAUGUCAUCAUUAGGGAUGAGGACUACGCCUUCCAGUUGUUCAAGCAGGCUGCGGAGCUGGGAUACAAGUUCAGUCAGUUUAGGCUCGGAUGUGCCUACGAGUACGGCCUGCUUGGCUGUCCCAUCGAUCCGAGGCUGUCCAUAAUGUGGUAUAGCCGCGCGGCAAGGCAAGGAGAGCACCAAAGCGAGCUGGCGCUGUCGGGUUGGUAUCUCACCGGCAGCGAGGGAGUGCUGCAGCAGAGCGAUACCGAGGCGUACCUGUGGGCCAAGAAGGCCGCCAUGGCAGGCUUAUCCAAGGCCGAGUAUGCAAUGGGCUACUAUACGGAGACGGGCAUUGGCGUAGCGGCGAAUCUGGAAGAUGCCAAGAGGUGGUACUGGAGAGCUGCUGCCCAGGACUUUCCAAAGGCGAGAGAACGACUAGAGGACCUUAAGCGCUCAGGGAAGAGCGGGCCCCGCCCACGGGAACGAAUAUCAAGGAGCAAAAUCGGGAAGCAGCAAGAGGGCGAGUGCUCUGUGAUGUGA